AUGGAAGGUGAAACUUUUUGUUAUAUUGAUAGAGGCACUAAAAAUAUGCUAAUAUUUAGACAUUUUUUAACAUUGAUUGUGUUGGUGUAUCACAAAGAACUGAAGGGCAUCGAUUUUUAUGGAUUAUUAAUUAGUCUUCCAAGGAGUAGCUUAAUAGGCAAGAUAUACGAGAUUGAACAUAGCGUUCAAUCUGAAAUUAUAGAAGUUUUAAAUAGCAUAUUUGAAAACAUUACAGAAAGCGAUAUAAAAAUCGAUUUAAAUUCAGUUGCAUUUUCUGACUGUGGUUUAUUGAUGAAUUCGAGUAUUUUGUGCGACAAUCCUCUGGAAGGUUUGACUAAGUUUAUUUCGGAUCUAAACAGUCUUGAGAUUGAGGUUUUAGAUACAAUUAUAUUGGAAAAAAUGAAAACACUUAAUAAACUCGAUCCUUCCUUUAUCUUCUAUGACUCAGAAAUGGCGGAUAUGGAUUGCAAAAUAUUAGUUACAAUAGUAGAAGCUAAUUUUGAAGAAUGCCAAUACCCAACUAUUUAUGGUUCCAAUGUGAUACAUGAAGUGGAAUUAAAUAUGAUCGAUUUCGAUCUGAGGGAAUCAGAAAACACCAUCCUCACGGAAGAUUAUGAUUGUUAUUCAGAUAGAGAAAUAGACAUUGAAUCAGAUGCUUAUCGCGAAACGUUAUUUGAAAGACAACGUCUUUGUUAA